UGCUGCGCAUCGGAGAUGCGCAGUGAGCCUUAAAUGCUGUUUUUAUGUUGUGAUUGAGGACUUAUCAGGUCGAGGUGGUCGAAAGGAUAUCGAAUUAUUGUGCAUACUAUCGAUAUUUUAGGGAUAUCACAUAUAUCAAACAACAGCUAAUGAUUAAUCCCUCAGUUUUUCUGAGGUGAGAAGAUGUACCAGAGGUGGCCUAAUCACGACAGGUAAAGAGCAUCAUCCAGAGUCCGGAAUAUCGGCUACGCCCAAGAUGGGUUAGUUAUAUUGUCUCGAUCACGUUGAUUCAUGGAAAGAAGUUCGUACUAACGAACGAAAGGGGAUCAGGACUUUAUAAGUAAGGUUCACGAAACAGCUGAAGCUAAAGAACUUUUGCUCAGGAAUCCGCCUUCAAUCUCAGGGAAACAGAUUGAAGCCAAGACCUCGAGUGAACUCGGAAGGAUCUGAACACAUCGGGUGUUGCGUCUGAUACAUUUGUUACAAGUGAUCGACCAAAAUAGUUACAAGUUCUUUUUACCACUAGGACAUUCAAGGUAGAAAUCUUUGCCAAAGAAAACAACAAUCGAUCGAGGGUUUCCUUUCUGUGGGAGAAAAAAGACAAAACUUGUCAUCUAACAUAUCAUCCAGAACCAGUGAUUUCUAUUGGUGCUUGAAACGGCACAAAAAGCGCCCACGAUUCUUGUUACAAACGCGAUUGGAAGCAACAUUAUCUUGGCCAAUAUCGGUAAUUGUCAAAAAAGGCAAAGGUUAUACGUUUACACAGAUUAGCUCAUAUUACAACACGGGUACCUCUUUUAGAAUGCAUACUUCUCUACGAACGUGGGCGUGAAAGGGAAAACGAAAUCAUAGCUUUAAUGUGAAAAAAACUGUGACCUUUUGUGUUACGUGUAAUCUUAAGAAACAAUGGAUGGAGAUAAAGAAAGUGAUGUACAAGAGGCAGGAGAAACCGUGUUGGAGCUUGAUGAGGUUCCACCGGAUGAUCUCCCAGCUUUACAACGCCUCUUGGACAGUGGAUUAGAGGAUCUAGACCCCGACACGCAAAUAAGACACAGUGGGAAAAAUUUGGAUAAUCUUGAUAUUGAAUUGGGGAUAUACACAGACACUGAACACUCGAGUGAACGCAGGUUGUUAGAGCGUGAGCUGGAGCUCGUUCCGCAGACGUCACCCACGGGUGAGCAGACGUCAUUGGGCGAUUCUCAGGGCAGGGACACGCUCCGGACGUCAAGCGACCGGAGCAGCUCUCCGCGCGCGAAAUGGGAGUCUCGGCGGCAUGGCCACGGCUUUCUGUCGUCUGAUAGCGGCUUUGGAGCAGACGAUUCCACUGACAAUGCAGGGCAACAUUCCGUCAUGUUGGAACCAAAAGUGACAAUAAAAACUGGAUCCUCCGUGAGCGGCGAUUCGCGGCAUCGGGAGUUUCCAAGACCACCAAAAUACCUACCUCUGGCUAUCUUAGUUAGUUUCGGUAAUCCACCACUAGGGCUGCUAGCAGUCAUGUUUUCCAUUCUCACGGAACGUGACGUCAGAAAAGGAGACCUUCAGGAGGCAAAACGAAAAUCCAAAAUCACCAUGCUGACGAUAAUCAUGGCUUUUGCAGUGACUAUUUUGACGGUUGUGGUGGCAUUGAUAGUGUGCACUGCACAGAACAAACUACCAUUUCCGAAGUACGUUGUUAAACCCAGAAACGAAAGUUAUUCGAUAGCUACCUCGGCUCCAGAUGUUAAUACCCCUGAGGGUAAGGGGAAGAAGAAGGAGAAAAAGAUGCCAGCGUUUUUGAAAUCCCUGGUCAAUUUGGGCGGCGAUCCCGAGGGCGGUGACCCUGCUUCCUCGGAUGCCGGGGAGCCGCCCAGGGACACUCAGGAACAACCACUCAUACCGCAACUGCCUCAAGGAAACGAUACGAACCCUUUCCUAGGAUGGAAAGUGACAAACGGAACGUUGCUAGAUCUGCGACAGAAGCUAUUUCAUAAAUAGAGAAAUGACUCUUCAAUAAAUCCCAAAACAUAACGGCAGUAGAGUGGAAUAUUGUAAAAGGUAAAGGAAGUUACGCCGCAUCCAAAGAACUUGCAGUCGGGGAAUUUGUCAUCAGUUAUGAAUCGAUUGUGGUUGAAUACGGGUUGCAUAAUUGUAAAACAGCUUUUGAAGUUUGUCGUCUGCAAGCUUUUGUAAACGGCAAGACUGUGGAUGGUUGUAUUUUGAAAGUAAGAAAGCGCCUCCCUCAACGCUGCUCGGCACAAUGUCGUUCGCAAGGGCAUGGAUGCGAACAGUAAAACAGGAAAUUCGGUGCUGCAAUAGGCUUGAUUGGUGAUAAUUUUAUAGGUGCAUGUUUGCUAUGUUUUGGGAUGCAUCGGCCUGACCGGCCGGAAGUGGUCUGUUAUGAUAUUCUGGUUCCUGUUGUGCUAAUAGGUGUCAUGCGUUGAAUGACGUCAUUCAGGCGAAAGCUGGAACUCUUAAUUGCUUUCCUACAACCAAUAUUGCCCCAAAUAAGGCUUUAUUGCAUCUUUUCACUUGAUCUUUUUGGAGGAAAUAUUCCCAUGGAGCCCACCAGGUACCCUCAUGACGUCACAUCUUGUCGCCUUUUCUUGUUAAAACAGGAACUAGUCGAUCUGAUACGAUUACCUCAGAGGGCGCGUUCAAUUUGUUGAUUUUUAGGCGAUCAACCUCAUAUCAGGGUAAAACAGAUGGUGGCGUACAUGUACGUGAUUUUUCAUGUUCCCUUACGUAUACCCUGGUGUCGAGGUUGAUGGUGUGAAUAACUUGAUAAUUUGAACGUGCCUGGAGCAAAAUAAAACGGGUAUUUGAUGUACAUGUUCGAUAUUUUAUUAUUGUUUGGAAUUUGUGACGUUUUGUUUGUAUAAUGUACCAUUUCAUUGACUUCAUCGGCAACUAAAACGUCUCUUCCAAGGCCUUCGUAAAUUAGUAAAGAGACAAGAGCUGUGAACUGAAGAAUACCGAAGUAUAGGCCAAUUAAACGUGUUUUCAACAUUCCUGUCAACCAUUUUGGAUUUUGGCGGCCAUUUUGGAUUUGAGACGAAGUCCAGGAUCGCCCCCAAUUUUAUUUGAAAGAGAAUGGUUUCAGGAGACAGGAUGGCGCUUUGAGCUGCGGUGGCAACAUAUUGGAUGCGGUGGCUAAUUAAUUACCAGGAAAAUGCUUAGAAAAAUACUGGCUUCACUAUUCUGUAUUCUUCAUGUUCGCCUCUGCCAUUUUGUUUUUUAUUGUGUAUAUAAUAGAUGUUUAAUGAAAAUUAACCAUUGAGGCCUACAAUGUAUAAUAAUGGUUAUUUUAGCUCAGGUUUUAUACUGGAGUUCUGAGUAAUCUAAGGCAUACAAUUUGAUGAAAUGCAGGGGCGAAUUCACAGAACGAGGGAUAAGCUUCGAGCAAACAAGGCUUCUGAAAAUGGUUCCGCGUGGUCUAGUCUUCCAGAGACUUCAGAUGCUUAUAAGGGCAUACCAAACUAUUGUACCGAGGGAUCCUCGUUUGAUCUCGAAGUAUCCAGAGGUGGGUUCAAAUAGAUAAGCCAUUGCGACAAUCUGUGCGGUCUUUGCCGGUGUAGAAGUUUAAAAUGUCCUAGGAUAAAAUGUCCGGGAACAAAGGAUUCUAUUAUGCGCUGAGCUAUUGACGGUCAUUGCCUCUAUAGAACCAUAUGCCAUAAUCUGUCAGAAUACAAUAGGCCCGGACACUUUUUCUAGGGGGGACACUUUUUACUUUUACACCGGCUUUCCGCGGUAUAGUUCAGAAUCGUGCGCAGCAAUCUUCUCAGAACGUGUGCGAUGGUGAUGUCCAUGUACAAUCGUAUACAGGCCUACUGCUUGUAACAAAGCGAAGAGUACAUAUGCAUUAUUCCAUUAUAUUUAUUAUUCAUGAAAGGAUAUGGAUGAGAAAUUUGUAACGACAUGAUACUGUUCAGAGGUGCAUUUUGUAGGAACUAGUUUUAUUUUUACACAACAUUUUGUUGACGGUUGCUUUAAAUGAAAAUGAAAUUGUUAACGAAUUGACUUGGACUAUUGUACUGAAAUAUUAUUAUCAUUGGUUGAAAAGAAUCUUUGAUUCAAGGAAUGUGAUUGCACCAUCCAUCCGAGGGAGAGUCGUUGAUGCGGGAGCUUCUGUAAUUCGGAUCUUGAUUGCCAAUUUAUCAAAUGCUAACAAUGGGUUGUCCUGUGGACUAACCUUCACUGAUGAUCAUAGGCAUAAGUAUGACAGCUGCGGGGUUGUUAAAAAAAUUAGUGGGAUCAUGUGGGACCUUACGGUAUGCUCGAUGUCGCUGCGAGUAUUCUCAUUAUAUUGAUGGAACUUGUUGUUUGAGGAGAGUGUCUAAAAUUCGUUCUAUUUUCUUUGGGCUGCGACAGAAUCUGUAGGCCUACAAGCUUCCAAAAGAGGCCGUUAAAGGUUGGUUAAAAGUGCCGUUCUAUUGGAGUUUUAGAAGUCGCCCUCUCAAACGAACAACUUUUGUCAGCAGCCAAAGACAUGAACCACGUUGCCGCCAAUACCAUAUCCUGUGUCAUAUACACAUUUUGAUGUUGUAUCACUGUUUUACAUUGAUGGUGUGUGGAAUUCCUUCUCUGUAAACUUAUUUCACGACUUAUCGACAAUCUUUAAGCGCUGCUAUUAUGUUGUAAGAAUCUUCAUUUUACUCAGGAGUAACAAAAGGGCGCUAACGUGUGUCCAUCUUUCAGGUAAAAAGAGUUUCGUCUCUACCUCAUGAUAAGAAAUGAGGAGCCUCCAGUCCCCCAAUUCCUCAAAGCUUCUCACGUGAAAAGCGGGUCCAAAACGAGUGAAAUCAAUUUUGGAAGAAUGAUAACUCGAAAAAAGCAAUGUAAACCAUUACAGUGAAGGACCCUUGAGUGUUGGGCAUGAAUGCCGAUCUACCGGCGUUGUGUCUAUUAUCCAUCCUCGGGAGGAGACAGGAUUGACGUUCGCAGCGGAAGGUCGGCAUGGUCAGAAGGGCCAAUUUUUUUCUGAAAUGGGCGAAUGGUCUUGUCUUCAAAGCAACAAGGAAUAUAAAUGAUCUGCUUGGGUUCUGCUCGACUUAUGCUCGAAUCUGAUGAGUCUUCUUAGUGCCUACUUUUAUUAUCUUUUAUGUGUGUUAUCAAGAAAAUGCCUAUAACGACAUUCUUGGUGUUAUGGGUGUAUUGAUAUUGUCAUCACAAUGCUCGGAAAAGACGGGGCAGCAUAAACGUUUCAAGUAACUUAAACCAUAAACUUUCAUGUUGACGAAAAUGGUUCAGCAUGUUUUAACAUAACAGUUGAAGUGUACAAACGUCUUGAAAGCAAUUUUCUAUUAAAAAAAAUGAUUCAAAUUUUAAACUUGUUGUCUUGAAAUUCAAAUUGAUUAUUUUUGUUAAAUCUUCUCUUUACCUUUUGGCAUGCAUGUAUGUUGAAUAAUGCACGAUCGUAUGGGUAUGUGGGACAAAUUAUUUACCCAAAACCGCCCUUUCAGCAAAGACAUGACAACGCUUCGAAAUUAUUUAAAGAUUUGAAAUUUUAAAAUGUGAAAAUAGUAUUAGUUACUGAUUUAUUUUCUUGACGGAAUAAUGUUGUAGUUUGUUACGGUAAGGAAGAGAAAUAUUUUUAUAAACAUAUGUAAAAUGAUCGAAGGCAGUAUAGCCAACUUUGGCAGAAUGUGGCAUUUUAUUGACGUGAACGUGUAAACUGUUUUGUUGUAAUUAAUUGUGUAUGUCAUUACUUUAAACGUAGACUCGAAUGAACCCUUGUACAUUUUUACUUCGGCAGCUUUACACUCAUUUGGGCAUUGAUUCUUAUUCGAUUUGCACCACCAGGUAUAUAUUAGAGACAACUUAUUGUUAUGGGUCUAAAAAUUCAUUGUUCGACAUAUCAGGAGAUCGAACAAUGGGAUAGGCGUUCGUGUUGGCGUUUCGGGGGCUUGCAAAAACUUCCUACCAUCAAGAUGACAUGUUUGGUUAAAACGGAGAAGAUCCUGGUGACUCAGGUUGAAAUUUAGGUUGAUCAAACAUUUUGGAGGGGGGGGGGGGUAUAUCCAUCCUAUAGAUAUGGUUAAGCCCGUUACACACGAGGGACUUCUCACCAACUUAGUUGGAAUUUUAAUUCAUAACAGGAAUCCAGACCAGGUAACUAAUACUUUGCCCGACUGGUUGGAGUUGCUGGCUGCACUACCGACUUGUUCUAUUUCUCAACGACAUCUUUUGUUUAUAUAAGGAUUUUUUUGUUUAUAUAAGGAGUGUGGGGUAGAAAUUUCCCCGUGUGAUUCAGUCAACAACAUAGUUGGGCCAUAUUUUGACUCUUUAUCUUUAUAGACUAAAUAUAGUGCAGGACCUAAAUAUUGCUGGGAUUAUGUCUUUCGUGUGAGUGGGUGAACGACUCUCAACUUCCAGUCACCUGUGCACCUGUUCUUAAUUUUAAAACCAACUAAGUUGGUGAGAAGUCCCUCGUGUGUAACGGGCUUUAGAAUAACUGCCUGUGAUGCCUUGAUGGCUAGGGUCGACCAGGGGGUAUACGUACGAUGCGAAUGUACACAAUACUGCUUCACCAGUGGUUUUACGAUUGAUCUUUCUUUUUUGAAAGGGCGACAAUGGGUUAAAUGAGUACAGGAUUGGCUUGUUAGUUAUAUAACUCCAAUACUUGGCUUUUAAAUUGUCGGGUAAGGGUAUGACAUCACUUGAAAUUAUCACACUACAUGUAUUUGUUAAGAUGUUCAUGUUUCAAUACGUGUUGAGUAGCCGAGAAUUCUAUUGCAAGAUAGCUGUAUUUAGUAUAUAUUUGACUCCAUCUUAUGUUUCCUGCCAUGCUUUCCAUUGCACUUAGAUUGAACAGUGCAUUCUAAAGUACAACGCAAGGUAGCCAACUUAAGAUGAACAAAUAUGGCAACAAACAAAAAUUUGCGCUGGCGCAGUUUCUGCUGUAUUGUCCCGGUUUCAAGGGCGCAUGCGCAAUCAUUUUUUCUCGAAUGAGGUUGAUUUUGUAAGCAUUUUGUGAAGUAUUGAAAAAAAACCGGUUACUGUAUUUGAGUAGUAUGUUGUUUCUUAUCUAAAACAGAAGUUAUGUUCAUUUCGAAUGAAAUUAUUUGAAUGAAUUCGCCAUUUCGGAAUCUGUUCACACCCGGUACUCCGUACAUCUCAGGUUGUUGUCAUGUGACCUUAAAGGUAAAUGUCACAUGAUAGAAAAUAAAUGUAAAUAAUAACUGUAAAUAAAUGGAGGAGAUUGAUCGAAUAGAA